UAGUAAACAUCGAGAAUGAAACAAAAAUAAACUUUUUGAUGACCAACAAUUAAGUUAAUAUAUUUACAUUGUGACGAUGUAAUUAGGUUUCUAAUUGUGAUUAAAGCUUCCUUUGUGACCUGUAACUGUAAAUCAUUUGAUUGAAUUGUUGCUAAAUCAUCUAAUUGAUCAACAAAAUCAUCGAAUUAAUUGUUAACCAAUAGAAAAAUUUUUUUUUUCUUGUUCUUCAUGUUAAUUCAAUUCGCUUGUUGCUAACUCAUCUACUCUUUUACUAUCAUCAUCUUCCUUGUCCUUAUUUCUUACUAUUUUAUCAUCAUCUCUAUAUUAUCAUCUUCUUCUCUUACUUUUUCCACUCUUAAUCAUCUUCCCUCUCUCACAAUUCACCCACUCUCACCUUCUUCCUCCUCCUCUGUAGUUUCUUGAUUACAACGCAUGGACUUAAUUCUGGAUCAAUAAAAUUUAGGUUUGGCAAAAGCGAGAGAAAAAUAAAAACAGUUACUCAUUUCAAUUGUUUACUUCACUAUUUUCAUCUAAGAUUCUUGAUUGUUGGAUAAAUACCCAACAAUUAACUUAAAUCAGCUGACCAAUGUCAGAUAAUAAACCAACUGGAUCAACUAAAUCAUCAACGGAUAAGCCAAAAAAUGUUACAUCAGUUGAAAGGUUGUCAAGAGGAGCCCAACGAUCAGCGAGUCGAGAUUCAAUGAAAAGUCGAGAUCCAUCAAAUUGUACAUCUCCUACUAAAGAUUUAUCAAGAAAAUUACCUCCAAUCAAAGCACCAGUUGGAUUGGCGAAAGGGCCUGACCUUAAAAAUGUCAGAUCGAAAAUUGGAUCUUUACAAAAUGUCAAACAUAAACCAGUUGGAGGUGAGAAGAAAGUAAUUACACAGAAAUUAGAAUGGCAAGCAAAGCCUAGAAUUGGUUCACUUGAUUACGUUAAACACAGACCAGCUGGAGGUGAUGUGAAAAUAGAGAACAAGAAAUUGGAAUGGAAAGCGAAACCUAAAGUUGGAUCUUUAGACAAUGUCAAACACAAACCGGGCGGAGGUCAAGUGAACAUAUUUGACGAGAAAUAUACAAGUAGAUCAUCAACCGGAGGUCGAUCACCAAGUGAGAAUCGAUCGAUAAGUCCAAGUUCAACAGCGAAUUCGGUGAAAUCUUCAUGUAACACUCCGACCGAUGGUCGAUCACCGUUACCAUCAUCAUCCUCUUUGAAAGAGGGCAAGGAAAACAAACCAAGUGAAUCAACACCGAUCGUGAAAACGACGAAAACACCAACAGAUCUGAACAAUAAUAACACCAAAAACGAUAAUAGUGUAAAAGAAUUGAAAUCAACUGGAUCAAGUGUCAACUCGAAGCCUUCGAGCGCUAAAACUGAUGAAAACAACAACGACAAAAUCGCAUCUCGACCAAACAGUUUAACAUCAACCGCAUCUCAGCCUGUAAAGGGUUAAUUAAUUGCCGCUAUUUGGACCAAGAAAUUACCUUCGAAAUCACCUUGGUAAUCAGCGAAACAAAUCCACUUGGAUUAACGCUAAUUCCUCACAAUUAACUGAUCAUGGCAAAUAUUUUAUUCUGCUGUUGAAUCCACUUUAUAUUCUUGAUCAAAAUUGAUUUAAAUUCUUUCAUUUAAUCAUCGUUGAUUUAAACCAUUUCCUCUGAUUAUUUUCUUCUUCCUCUUCUCCAAUCAAACGGAUUGAUUAACUUGGAUGACAGUUGAUCACAAUCCUGAGAUGAUCAGGGAACAAUUAAGCCAAUCAUUUACUUUUCGAAUUUUUCAUUUUUCUCCUGAAAAAAAUUGAAAGAAAAAUUAAACAGUUAAUUGUAUUUUUAUUCUUUUCUUUUCUUUUAUCAUUAAUCAUCAUGAUUUAGAAUUUAAAUCAUUUUAAUUUGGUCCUUGUUUUUCCAUCACAAUCAACUAAUUGCAACAUGGUUACUAUACAAAUGAGAGAAAAUGAUUAUUUAAACACUCAAAAUGUGUCAAAGAAAAAUGAUAUUAAGCUCACAUCAAAUAUUCAAAUUAUAUAUUGAUUGUAAUAAAUUAAAUACUUAUCAGUUUAUUGUAACAAUUAAAGUAAACUAAAUUAUUAAGAAAGAGUCACACUAAUUAAAACUAUCGAUAACUUGA